AUGGCAAAGACAAUAGCAAACUUCUCGAUUCUCGAGGCGAUGAAUGCGCUUUGCAUAUCAAUCCCUCAAUGGAACGAACGGCUUGACCAACUGAAUGGCCAAAUUGCCCUGCGGCAGAUUGAGCUCGCCCGACUAGAAGAGACAGACCGCCCACGCACCCAACCGUCCCUCAGGAACAAGGGAUCGACCGAGUCACUUCGGCCGAGGGAUGCGGACGAGAAUCCGUUUCAUGCGGCGGAAGAUGAAGAUAGAGAGGCUAUUCAAUUAAACCCGUUCGAAAGAACGGAAUCGGAUAAAAAAGGCAUUUCGCCGAACCGACCACCAAACUCAUCUAAGGCUGCAGAAGCUGCAGCCGCCAGAACCCCACCGCAGUCGAGAACAGCCGCAGAUCCUAACCCAUUCCCCGGCACGUUGAAGCGACAAAUGUCACAUCCCAGUCAUUCGUCGCAAGCCCGAAUUGGGCCCAAUGUCCUCCGGAAACGAAAGACAGAGUCCCUGGCAUCGGGAGAAUCUCUAGCCCCAAAAUAUAGGACACGUUCUAUGAUUAUUGUAUAUUAUGACAGCGCGGUUCAAACUGCCUUCGAGGAUUUGGUCAAGUUCGUUAGUGGAAGCCGAAACUCCAUGCGGAGGGGGAAGAUGGCCGCAAAGAUGGCGGAGAUGAAGAAAGCUGCCGAGGAGGAGUUUGCAGAGGAAGAAGAUGAGGAAGAUUCGGAUGAGGAAGAUUCGAACGACCUUACUCUGAAUAAUGGGAAUAUAAAGGUGGGCCAAAAUGGAGGUGGCGCUGCAAAUAUAUCAGUCCCGAAAUUGAAAUAUACGUCGACAAGGCAGAUGGGACCGCCCAAAGCCUUUGGCAAGCCGGAAUAUGUCGGAAGCACAUUGAGCGUCGGAUUAUUGCGGGGACAUAGAAAGGGGGGCGAUGAGGAUAUUUUUGAUGAAUUGGACAAGGGGUUAGAGUGGUGUCAGAGCCAGUGCGAGCAGGGAGCUCACCAUUUUCUGCGUGAAGGCCAAUGCACCUCCGAAAUUGCCAAUAUCAAAAAGAAGUUACUUGAGGUCAAACAAGUUGCUGAAAGGGAGAUUGAGAAGCAGGAGAAAGAAGAGGCUUCAAAUCCUAGUCCCCCUGUCAAAUCCCCUCCGAGGCAGCUGCAGGGAAUGCCAAGGACUAGAGAACUGAGGAAAACGCAAAUGCGGAAGGAACCCGAGGCGCCGAAGGACCUCGAAGUUGACGAAAUGGAAGUGGACGAUGAGGGUGUUGACGAUCUCGAACUGCCGACCAAAAUAGUCUUCAAGAGAGCAGGGGACUUUGCAUUGUGA